UCACACUUUCCAACCUCCUUCUCUCUCUCUCUCUUCCCCCAGAAGGUAAUGCCCAACUCAUGCAAUCCUAGAGAGAGAAAGAGGGAGGGGGGGUGAAUCUCGUUUCGGUACUUUCCUAACUAGCUCGCGUCUGUCCGUCCGUCUCUCUCUCUCUAAAACCCGAGGGGGUGGGGCGCGAUUCGGAAGCCGACCCAAUUCUCGCCUCCUCCUCCCGCUCCGGAAAAACCCUCUCUUUUGCCCCCUUCCGGCCGCCGCCGCCGCCGAUGCGCCGAGACACGGCGGCGAUGCCAUGAUCCUUCCGCCGGAGCGAUCGCGGAGGCUCUGGAGUUGAGCGAGGGAGAGAGGGACACAGAGAGCGAGAUAGGGAGAGAGAGCGUGUGUGGGGAUGGAAUUCGUUGGGCGGAGCGUGACGAAGGAGUUGAAGGGGUUCCCGAAUUUCACGGGGACGGUGAAAUCAUUCGACCAGGCGUCUGGGCUGUUCACCGACGUGUACCCGGGCGGCGAAUCGGAGGAGAUGGAGCCGCGGGAGAUGGCCGCGCUCGCCCGGGAGCACGCCUCCGGGGCCGAGGCGGCCGGUGGUGGGGGUGGGGCGACGGCGCGGCCCGGUCGGAAGUCGAAGAAGCGGCGCCACGCCGGUGGGGUCGAAGGUACGGGUAAUGCGUGUGGGGAUAGAGAGAUUGUCGUUGGUUUGGAGGCUGCGGGUGUGGGUAAUGAGGGGUCGCAGGGCGGGGAAGGGUCUCGUGGCGAUUUGGAGAGAGAUGUCUGGGUGAGCGAGGAUUUGAGGGGGAAAAUUAAUUUGAAUGAUCCCGCGGCGGAGGAGAAUACGGAGGAUAAUCUGACGGAUGUGGUGGUGUGUAAUGGCUAUUCCAGUGGGCAUGUGGAUGGGAAGGGAGGCUUUGAUUUGAAUACCGGGUUGGAUUUGAAUGAAGGCUUGAAUUUGAACGUUGGCCGUGAUUUGAAUGUACGUUUUGAGGAGAAAGCUGUGAAGAGAAGUAGGAUCGACUUGAAUUUGGAUGCAACUAGUGAUUUGGAUGAGAAUUUGGAGGAGGAUUCCCUUUCUGAAAGAAAAAAGUGUCUUAUAGAUUUGAAUUUAGGAGUUGAUACUGAAGUAAAGGAUGUUGAGUGCAAUGUCAAUGGACAGCAAUGUGAAAGCAUGGCAUGUCAGUUAGUUGAGGACAAUAAUGUAGAUAUCGCCAGAAAUGUUGAAGAAGGAUUGACGGAAGUGAACAUUGCUAAUGGAACUUCCCAAGAAGUUCCUGUAGAAUUUGACGGACGUACUAGAGUGAGGCCUACGAGUGGGUCUGCAGAUACUGCUUGUGAAGAAGCAAGGUCUGGUCCUGUCGAUGUUUCGGUUUCAUAUGUAUUAGGCAAUGGGACUUUUGUAGGUAUGGCUUGCGAUAGUGUGGAAGAUUCUAAAGUAUAUUUGCCUCGGAAAGAUAGCGCCUUCGAGACUAGUGAUGCCAUGCAUAGUGGGAAUCAAGACGACUUCGCUAGCCCAUAUGAACACGGAAGUAGGCGGGGAAGGAAAAGGAAGUCCUCGAAUAAUUCGAACUCUGCUGGGACAGUAUUGAGAAGAAGUGCACGGAGGGGAUCGACAAAAACUUGUGAUGCUGGCGUGGCCCUGUUGGAUGCUGUCAAUGAUGUGGCAUCAUCUCCUGCUGUUAGUGCAAUAACAGAAGACAAAUCGAAAGAGCGCAUCCCUCCUCCAAAGUUGCAAUUGCCCCCUUCUUCCCAAAAUGUAAAGUUAGAUGGAACCUCGGUCCUGGAUGGCUUUUGUGUAUAUGCAUUUUUGAGAUCAUUCAGUAGUUUGCUAUUCUUGAGUCCUUUUGAGUUGGAAGAUUUUGUCGUCGCACUAAAAUCAGAUUCUGCUAAUUCGUUAAUUGACUCCAUUCAUGUUUCCCUUCUCAUAACUUUGAGGAAGCAUUUGGAGCAACUCUCCUGUGAAGGUUCUAUGUCUGCAUUGAAUUGCUUGAGGAGCCUUAACUGGGACCUGCUGGACUUAGUGACAUGGCCCAUAUUCUUGGUUGAAUACCUGUUGCUGCAUGGAUCUAAACUCCAGGGCGGUCUCGAGCUUUGUCGCCUAAACCUAUUAAAGGAUGAUUACUACAAACAACCUGUACCUGUAAAAGUUGAGGUGCUGCGGUGUCUGUGUGAUGAGGUGAUGGAGGUGGAAGUUAUAAGGUCAGAACUUAGUCGGAGAUCUUCGGCGACUGAUCCUGAUGUUGAUAUAGAUCGGAGCAUGAAAAGAACAGGUGCAAUGGGUGCUUCAGGUAAAGGUCGCUUGACUGAGGAGACUACUGAUGAUACUGACUGGAAUAGUGAUGAGUGCUGCCUUUGUAAGAUGGAGGGGAAUUUAAUAUGCUGCGAUGGUUGCCCUGCUGCAUAUCAUUCAAGGUGCGUCGGAGUUGCGAAUGAUCUUUUGCCAGAAGGGGACUGGUAUUGCCCUGACUGCACUCUGGAGAAAAACAAGUCGCGGAUAAGACGGCGUAGAUCUAUUCGUGGGGCAGAGCUGUUGGGAAUUGAUCCUCACGGUCGACUUUAUUACAGCUGCUGUGACUAUCUAUUGGUGUUGGAUUCAUCUGAAACUGAAGCUUCUUUCUGUUAUUACCACAAAAAUGAUCUGAAUCUCGUUACUGAAGUACUUCAGGGUUCAUCAGAAAAAUCUAACUUUGACAUAUUGGAGGCAAUCUAUAGACAAUGGGGCAUUCAUUACAGCUCAAGAAAAACGAAGGCUAAUCUUGGUUCCUCAAAUUCUGUUGCCCCUUCGAAGGUGCCUGUGAAGGGACAAUUUGUUGCUGCUUCUACGACAGUGGUAUCCCUGCCUUUCUGUGCAGCUUAUGAAGGUAUUGAUAAAGCUGAUGAUGAAAAGCGCUUGGAAAAGGAAUCUCUAUUACAAGCCUCUGACAUCACUGGGUUGGAAACUUCAAAAUCUGGAAAAGAAGUGGCUACAGUGGCAGAAACUCCACAUGUGAGUUCAGAAGGCUCAUUUGAAACUACGUUGACUAGUUCAGAGCCACCCAAACAAUGGCAAAGCUGUUCUAAUGGAUAUGUGCAGUUGCUAGAAAAAUCUGAGAUUCCUGGGAAGUUUCCCAAUCAGGGAGAUUUUUGUAUGACAUCUACCAUCUCAGACUGCAAAGCAGAUAAAACAGAAUCUGCAGCCGCAACUGUUGCCUCCUUGACAUUUAUCUCUGCACAAAAUGAUGCACCAGUGGAGCAAGGUCAAACCACUUACGUGAAUUUUUACAGGUUUGGGCAAAUAGCUGCUUCUGUUGCGGAAGAGUUAACAGAAAAAUCGCCAGACAAAGUUAGGGAAGACCAUGUAAGAUUGGAUGAGGAAACAAUUCUAAUUCAAAUGAAGGCCAUUUCAAAAAAGUUUGCUAAAUUUAAUUGGCCAGAUGAGAUAAGUGUCGCAGCACAAAAAGAAAAGUGCGGAUGGUGUUUUUUAUGCAGAUUUCCGAGUGAUGAGUUUGACUGUCUGUUUAAAGUGUAUGCGGAGCCUGCUCAGGAAGGUUUUGGGAGUGAGAUGGACAUUCUACAAUCACAGCUGGACAAGAAAGGCCACCUUAUAGAUGUGAUUGGUCAAAUCAUCUCGAUGGAACACCGUUUACGUGGGCUUCUAUUGGGUCCAUGGCUGAGUCCACAUUAUACUAAUAUAUGGCAUGGAAGUGUCACUAAGGCAUUGGAUUUGGCUUCCCUCAAGUCUUCAUUGCUUAAUUUAGAGUCAAAUCUGCGACGUCUUGCAAUUUUGGAAGAGUGGUUCAAAUAUGAGGACUCUUCUGUGAUGCUUGGUUCAGCCUCUCAUGUUGUGACAAGUUCGUCAGGCGCAUCUUCAAAGCCUAGUAGUAGCAGAAAAAGGGGCAAGAGCUCGGAUCUUGAGUCAAACAAGCCUUCACAUAGUUCUUCAAGUGGACCCAGCAUGUUUUGGUGGAGGGGUGGUAGACUCUCUCGUCGAGUGUUCAAUUGGAAGGUUCUGCCUCGUUCACUAAUUCACAAGGCUGCCAGACAAGGUGGGUGCAUGAAGAUUCCGGGGAUCUUAUACCCUGAAAGUUCAGAUAUUGCAAGGAGGAUUAAACAUGUCGCCUGGCGGGCAGCUGUUGAAUCAUCAAUAAGUACAGAGCAGCUUGCUUUUCAGGUUAGAGAACUUCAUUCAAACAUUCGGUGGGAUGAUAUUGAAAACACAAAUCCUCUCAGCAAGUUUGAUAAAGAACUCAAAAAGUCAGCGAGGGCAUUCAAAAAAGUUAUUAUACGCAGAAAAGCUUUAGAAGGAGAUGCAGCGAAAUAUCUUCUUGAUUUUGGAAAGAGAAGAGUCAUCCCUGACGUUGUUGUGAGACAUGGAUCAAUUGUUCAGGAAGGCUCCAGCGAAAGGAAGAAAUAUUGGCUGAAUGAAUGUUUUGUCCCCUUGCAUCUCUUAAAAAGCUUUGAAGAGAAGAGAAUAGCCCGGAACACUAAUAAGGCGAUUAUAUCUGGAGACUCUGAAUCUCACCGUUCAAAGAAGUUCUCUGAUAAAAUGAGUUCUGCAAGACUUUGUGAGGUUGAUAUGACAUUGAAGAAGCAACUCCGCAAGGCAAAAGGGUUGUCCUAUCUCUUCUCAAGAGCAGAAAGAGCUGAAUUUUAUCAAUGUGGGCACUGUAAGAGAGAUGGUCUAAUCAGGGAAGCUGUAAGCUGUCAGUACUGCGAAGGUUUUUUCCAUAAGCGGCAUGUCCGGAAGUCUGCUGGAGCCAUUGCUGAUGAGUGCACUUAUACAUGUCAUCAAUGCCACAGAGGUAACCCUCAGAAGGUCAUGGAGAGAGUAGGGAAAACUGAGAAACCUAGAGGUAAUAUGAAGGCAAGAAUUGGGAAAGGUAAAAUAACGGGGAAGUCAGCUAAAGUUGUAAAACCCCUGUCAAAGAAAAGUAAAAAGGCUCUUGCAAAGCACACGCUUGUAAAGCUACGUGGUGUUAAGAGAGCAGCAACUGGUGAGCAAUCAUCAACUUGUCGAAGAGUACCUCUUCGCCGCUCUGCUAGACAAGCUAUAAAGAACAUUGCAUUGCAAAAUAAGAGCCGUGGUGGAAUUAAAAAGGGGAAACGAAUGAAGUACAAAAGGCGAAUGCCCAAGAAACCAGAGAAGGAUACUUCAUGGAAGAAGAAGAGAACAGAGGUCUGUUACAGCCGCUGGGUAAAUGGUCUUCUAUUAUCUCCAAGGGCAUCUGAAGAACGAGUGAUGAAUUUUAGAAAAAGAAGACUCGUCCAUCCUAGUGGAAAUGUAAUAGUGGAGCACGCUGAGGUGAAGUGUCGUCUUUGUGGGGAAGCAGCUCACGAUUCUUUGUCAAGUUAUAUUGCCUGUGAAAGUUGUGAAGAGUGGUACCAUGGAGAUGCUUUUGGACUUGAUGAUGAGAAGAUGCAUAAACUUAUGGGAUUUAGGUGUCAUGAAUGCCGUAAACGGGCUCCUCCCAUCUGCCCCUAUGGGCCUACUAUGAAGAGGUCCAAAUCUGCCGAGGUGCAGAACGAUGCUGCAUUCGAGUGUUCAGAGGAAGUAUUAAAUGUUAGUCCGCCCUCCAAUGAGGUGAACUUUGGAGAAGAUUCUCAUGUAAAAGAAAAUUCAGCGGCUUCAGUUCCAGUGGACGAGGCACCAUAGCUAGGGCCAUUAGAUCAAUUAACAAUUGGUGAGCAGUUUGCAGUGUCAGAAGCAGAAGACGACAUUACCUUCAAGUGAGAUACUGAAAGCGUGUGCAUCUUGUAGUCAAACAGAGAUGUGAAGCCUGUUUGUGAUAGACUUACUGCAUUCAUUUUCAAAGAGACUUUGAGUACAGACAGAGGGAUGUGUUAGAUUAAACUCACCUGCUGGAGUUUCCAUCUGAUAAUGUUUAUGUCAGGAAGAACCAGCAUCUCCAGUUGCUAACGAGCCACCAAAGUGAACAAAAUGGUUGUUAUUGGGUUGCUGAUUGGGAAGAGCUGUUGCUAACAUCAGAUCGAGGCCUCACAUUACUGGCAUCAAGCUAAUUGUCAGAGUAGAGGAUUUAGAAGUGUAUAGAUUGAAUUAGUGACCCAUUUAACGUAACAAAGCUGCCACCUCCGUCAGGUUAGGUUGUUUGUAAAUUCUCUGAUUUAGGUUAUAUUCGUGGCAGGAUUUAGAGAAUAUGCUAGGGUGAUUCAUUUUACAUUGGCGAAUAAUAUUCGUUUAUCGGGCUUAUGUGGAGGGGUGAGCAGAGAUAUGUUACAGCUCGAACAAAGUCAGUUAAAUGGAUCACAGCAUUUCUGCAGGA